GCCUCUCUCCAUUAACAGUUUCAUGCUGUGAACUUCUAGUGGCAAAUCUUUCCCUUGAUAUUGUGACCACACCAUUUUACAUGUACUUUUAAAUUAGGGAGCGGGGAAAAAAAAAAAAAAAAGGCAUUCUGGAGGUGCCGUUUUCCUCAUUUCCAGUCUCUCAGUUCAGCUCUUUGUCUGUUCCUUUUGCUGACGAUUUUAACUACCUGUAAAACCUAAACAUGGCUGUUAGUGUCACGCCGAUCCGGGACACAAAGUGGCUCACCCUGGAGGUGUGCAGAGAGUUCCAAAGAGGGACUUGCUCCCGGCCAGACACGGAAUGUAAAUUUGCACAUCCAUCGAAAAGCUGCCAAGUUGAGAACGGACGCGUAAUCGCCUGCUUUGAUUCAUUGAAAGGCCGAUGUUCACGGGAAAACUGCAAAUACCUUCACCCGCCGCCACACUUAAAAACGCAGCUGGAGAUCAACGGCCGCAAUAACCUGAUCCAGCAGAAGAACAUGGCCAUGCUGGCCCAGCAGAUGCAGCUCGCCAACGCCAUGAUGCCCGGCGCCCCGCUGCAGCCCGUGCCCAUGUUUUCAGUUGCACCAAGCUUAGCCACCAAUGCAUCAGCCGCCUUUAAUCCCUACCUGGGGCCUGUCUCCCCAGGCUUGGUCCCAGCAGAGAUCCUUCCCACGGCGCCCACAGGAACCCCUGGCGUCCGGGUCCCUGCCGCCGCCGCCGCCGCUGCCCAAAAGCUAAUGCGGACAGACAGACUGGAGGUAGGAACUCCUAUACGCUCAAUAUUGUGCAUGACACCCGCUACAAGUGUUGUUCCCAUGGUGCACGGUGCUACGCCAGCCACUGUGUCUGCAGCAACAACAUCUGCCACAAGUGUUCCCUUCGCUGCAACAGCCACAGCCAACCAGAUACCCAUAAUAUCUGCCGAACAUCUGACUAGCCACAAGUAUGUUACACAGAUGUAGACAUUUUGUCAUCAAACAAUCAUAACUAAAGAGAAAAGGACAGUGUGUUCAGGUUGAGGAAAGGAGAAGCUCAUUAGCCAUAAUGUAUAUACCGUCAAGCAACACUCGGAAGCUCCCUCAGCAGUGAGACAUCCACACAUUGCAUGUUAACAAGAUGAGACAAGAACUCGGAAUCACUGCACACUGUUGCCUAUAUACUUUGUACAUUUAAUUGAUAUUUGUGCUGAGGUGAUCUUAUUGUCUAAAAACUACAACAUUGUCUAUCUUUUCUAGCACAGAAAGUAUGCAUAUGUACUUGAAUAUGCAUAUGUAGUCUAUUUCCUACAUAAUCAUGUAUGUCACCUUGAAAAGACAGACUAUGAUGUAACCAUAAAUCUAUUAUGUAUUGGUACGUCUGUAGACCAAGAUAUAAUUUUUUAAAGUAAGUUUAUUUCUUUCAAGGUUUACAAAUAACAAAGGUGCACCUUGUAUUUAAAAUUGCCAUUAUAGAUGAGAGCGUGCAUGCACAGUAAUUUUUGUUUAAGAGUAAUAUUUUUAAUGUAAUAGAUUGUAAGAAAUGGUAAGAGAGGUAUCUGACAGAGAUGAAUGUGCCAAGCAAAACCACAACUGUGUAUAUUUUAAAGCACAUCAAUGGCUUUAAGUACCAUGUUGUUAAGGAUUCUCAUGAAGUGCCAUAGACUGUACAUCAGAUUAGAGUAUUAUUUCUGCAGUGUUAUUUUCAGAGCCACAUUUUCACUUACUUUACUAAUCAGUCAAAGGGCACCAUUCUGUUUCAAAACCAAAGCUGUCUCAGAAAUGGCCAAUUAUUCCUUACAGUAACAGUAGGCAGCACAAGAAAGAUACUCUAUCCGUACAAAUUAACACAUACUGGACAUAUAUAUAAACUAUUUUAAGGCAUUGUAGUGUAAUAUUUAUGCAUAUUUUACUGUAUAACAUGAUAUACGAAAGGAAGAAGCCAUUUCUGAGACACAGUAACAAAUGUCUGAGGAACUUAUUUUGCUUCUAUUUAUAGCCUCUGUCGAAAGUCAAAAGGACUAUAAAUGCUUUGCAGAGAUGGGUUUCACUUUUACUUCAUCAAAGUCACGCUUUAAAUGGUGACUCUAAACAAAGACAAAAGAAGCACUGACAUCAGAUGCAUGACAAACCAAAAUAUGAAAAAAUGGAGAUGUUAAUUAGCAUAGAAAGUGGGUGGGUUAAAUACUUGGGUGAGUUUUAUAUGUGAUUUUUUUUGUUCAGAUUAACUGCUUAUAGCCUUAGAAAGCCUUUACAAAAUAAAAACAAACAAAAAAAAAUAGAUGUGCAUUCAAGUUUUAAGAACGGAUUCAUCCAAAGGAAUUCCUUUUUGUGGUUUGGAUGUUGCAGCUAGUAAAGGAUAUUUUUUGCUCUGUUCAGCAAAGUGCUGACGUGGGGCCAGGUCACUGGUGGAGUGGGGGUGGAAGAAGCGCGGGUUCGGUUGUAGAACUCUCCAUACUUCCAAGUUUACUGCAAGUUUUUAUGCUUGAGAGAGAUGCUUUAUAGUAUAAGAAUGAUGUGUUGAUUUUACUGAUUGUACUGUACAUCUAUUAAAGCCUUAGAUUAUUACAUUACGGGUUAAAACCCUUACCAAUGUAAUUUCAAUCGUGUUAAGAAAGUAUAGGUGACUUCACAUGUUAUUGUAGUUACUUAACAUUAUAGAAUAUUACUUAUUUUUUCUUGUUAAAAAUGUAGUUUUUAUUUCUUACAUUUAUUAGAUUGUUUUAAUUUUCUAUUACCAGUUGAAUACCAUUUCAGUUUAUAGAAUUUUGUUUUAAUAGAGUUUACUGAUGACUUUUUCAAAAUACAAAAAAAAGGUAGUUUUCUUCAUAACAUACUCAGUUUUGAAUUUACAUGUAGUGUCAUAUGAGUAUUCGUAUUAUUGUUAACUAAAUGAUUUAUAUUUUACUGAUUUAAUAUUACAAUGUAAGAAUGUCAGUCAUUGUUAGUUCUUGUCUAGUUUUCAUUAAAAGAACAAAGAUCUUUUAUAUGGAUAUCUUAUAAUUAUAUAAUCAUUGCUAAGUAAGGAGUUAAGUUGUUGCUAUCGCAACAAUCCUGGCAGACAAUUGAGUAAUAUUUUGAUGAUUUAUUUUGUUUGUAAUUAGUUAUUAUGAGAAAAUCUAGUUCCUAGAUAUUAGAAUAAAAUUUAUUUUCUACUGUAUCCAUUUCAAAUGUUAAAAUAUUGUUUAAAUAUUUUUUGAAAUCCCUGAAUAUCAGGCCUUGUUAUAAAUAAGCUGCAUAAUCAAUAGAUCAAGGGACUUUUUGUUGAUAAUCCAAAUACUCAAAGUUUACGUAACAAGAAUUAUAGUGUGUGUGUGCAAACUCUUGAGGGUUGAUUAUGCUGCAGUUUAGCAUGUGGGAACGUAUAGAGAGAAGGUUGACUUUUUGCACUUCUGUAUAUAGUCAAAAAAGAGAGAAACCUGUAUAAUAGUAAGAUCUUAUUUUGAAUAAAAAUGUCUAUAAUUACAAGGAGUUUUGUUAAGGCUAAUAAAAUGACAGGCUGAACAAAAUUGCUUGCAAAAGUGGCACAGAGUUAGCACUCCAUACCCCUUCAAAAAAGUUGCUUUGCUUUAUGUGGACAGCUUGUAGUUUGCCAGGAUUUUUUCAGCUGGAAAGAUAUGCCAUCCUUCCAAGAUCUCAUGACUGACAAAAGCUCCACUGGUUCAAAUCUGCCUGAAAAUCAUUAAUUUAAAAAAAAAAGGAAAAAAAAAGAAAAAGAAAAAAAAAACAGGUACUUCAAACCAUCAAGGUGAAAUCAUGGAUCAAAUAUUCCGUACAUUAUUCAAAAACUACUGCAUGUUUAAAGUAUCAAAAAACUAUAUUAAAGAUAUAUACUAUUCAAAACAGUUUCUGACAAUUUCAGUGGUUUAUUGUUCACAAAAAAAAAAAAAUCCUUCAAAACAAAUACUGACUUUCACAAAAGAGUCAAAUCAUGAACAGGCAAACCAAACAGCACACCGUAGCUGUAGUUGUUAUGUGAUUAUUUUUUAUUGCUGUAGUGGUCCUGUUCUUUUAGCAGGUGAAAA